AUGCUUAGAGUGUGCGCGGGGACUGCGAUUACUCUUUUGACCUUAUCUGUCCAGCUUGUAGUACUAGAAGCCCGACACACUAGUCUGGUGCCGAGGGAUGGCUUCGUGAAAAACUGUGUGCGGUUCCUCGGCGAACACUAUGAUGACAGUUCUAAAAUGAUAUGCGAGGACAACCACACUGGUUAUUGGUGUUACAAGGAUCAGUGCACCUCUGGAGACCUUCCUGGUUCCCAUGCAGCUGCACCGUUUUCCACGAUGACCUGGUCAGGAUGCAAGCGAAUUUCAUUAGGCGACAUUCUUGGGGCAGAGGGUGUAACAGCUAGUCAUGCAAUAUCCGUUCACUUUCUGCCUGGACAAAAAGUUGCGGUCCAUGGGUCCCAAAAUGGAUUGUCCGGGAUCUUUGACUUUGAAUGCCACUGGAAUUCUCCGAGCGAUCACAAUGCCCGAACGCCUUGUGAGUCAAUCGGCAAUCACUUCGAGUAA